AUGUCCCUUGUCGUACGAUGUGUGGAUAUUUCAACAAGUCCAAUAGAGGUGAGGGUGAGUGAAUUCUUUUUAGAAUUUUUGAAGGUGGAUGACACGACGGGAUUGGAACUAUUUUGUGCACUUCAAGAAGUAUUAAUUAGCCUUCAACUUAAUAUUGGUGACUUAAGGGGACAAGGUUAUGAUAAUGGCUCUAACAUGAAAGGGAAAAAUAAGGGUGUGCAAACAAUGGUACUUGAAGUAAAUCCAAAAGCAUUCUAUACCUCAUGUGGUUGCCAUAGUCUCAAUCUUGUUCUUUGUGAUAUGGCCAACUCUUGUUCUAAAGCAAAAACAUUUUUCGGAGUGGGUCUCACGCUUAAGACAUUGUCACAAACACGUUGGGAAAGUCGCAUUGAAAGCAUCAAGCCGAUAAGAUACCAUCCCUCAAAACUAAGAGAUGCUUUGGUAGACUUGGCGAAUGACAAGACGACAGAGUCGAUAGCACAAAGUGAAGCUAAAUCCCUUGCAAAGAAUGAACUUGAGAAUUUUGAAUUCUUGUUUGCCAUGGCUAUUUGGUACAAGUUGUUAUUUGCUGUUAACAUUGUGAGCAAGUUUCUUCAAAGUGAAGAUAUGCGCAUAGACCUUGCUAUCAAGAAGUUAAAAGGCCUGAUUGAUUAUUUUGAGAACUACAGAAAAGUUGAUUUUGCGGCAAAUGGUUGA